ACUACAUGCAUGGCCUGCUCGAUAAACUUGUUGAUCGAGGAGGCAUUGGUACAUCUUAUAAAUAUGCGUACUUUCAUUGCACUAAGGCCAUGUGCAGUAUCAUCAUCAUCGCAGUAACUUCGGCUGUGCGUUUUUUUUCGCGUGCAUGAUGCGAGCUGCUCUUGCCACGGAGUUCGAAAACCGCACCUGCAGCACUCUAUGGCCACAGUAGAGGUUCAGCGCCUGUGUAUACCGAAUAUUCUUCUCACUAACGCCCUCGAGGGAGCACGGCUCGGCGCCAAUCACUAGUCUGCCACCAGCAGCAGGCCUUCGCCAGCGUGGUAGCAGCUACUGCACGCAAUAACUGUGCGAUUGAAGACGGGCCGGCAGCAUGAGUGCCGUCCAACAGCAGCGGUGGUAGUGACCGAGGGUUUCGACGCGCCAACAGUCGUCAUGUCAGGCAGCGGCGAAGUGUCCGAAUAUGUGGAGCCGAAGCGGCAGGUCCAGACGCCGGACGAUAUGGUACGCUGGACCAAGAGCGAGGAAUGUGAGGACCACACCAAGGGAGCAUUCACCAUUAUCUGUGCAUAUAGCGAGUAUGUCGGCUUCAUUUUGGCUCUUAAUGAGAAGAUCAAAGGGAAGAAGAUGACUGAUGAACUUCUCUUGUCGGAGGUGACGACAAAACUACUGUCAGUGUUGGAGACUUUGGACACGUGGGUUCGCGAGAUUCCCCCCAUUGAUCAACCCCAACGGUUUGGCAACACUGCUUUCCGCACCUGGCUCAAGAAAGUGCAGAAUGAGAGUGUGCGGCUUCUGGGCGAGGCACUUCCAAGCAAUUUCCACGGCGCCCUCGUCGAGCUGGUACCCUACUUCAAUGACAGCUUUGGCAACAUAACUCGAAUCGACUAUGGCACAGGUCAUGAGAUGAGCUUUGCCAUGUUCCUGUGCUGCCUGUUCAAAGUGGGAGCCUUGACUGAGGCCGACUCUCCCGCAGUUGUUUUGCGUGUCUUUCAGAGAUACCUGGAGCUGGUGCGUCACCUGCAACUGGAGUACCGCAUGGAGCCUGCCGGAAGUCAUGGUGUCUGGAGUCUUGACGACUACCAGUUCUUGCCCUUCAUCUGGGGCAGUGGCCAGCUCAUUGAUCAUCCAACCAUCGAGCCCAAGUCAUUCGCAGCGGCCGGCUUUUCAGAGGCAUACUCACGGGACUACAUGUUCAUGGGCUGCAUAGAGUUCAUUAGCAAGGUGAAGACUGGCCCAUUCCACGAGCACUCUAAUCAGUUGUGGAACAUCAGUGGAGUUCCUAGCUGGGCCAAGGUCAACACAGGGCUCAUGAAGAUGUACAAGGCUGAGAUCCUGGGGAAAUUUCCGGUGGUCCAGCACGUGGUCUUCGGGAACCUGCUGCCAUUCCGACCUCACCAGAACCUCGGCCCACCGAAAUAGACUUGUGCUGCGACCAUGAUUUUGGGAAUGAUAAUUAUUGGUCUUUAAACUGUCCUUUCCUUGCUGGCUGUAUUUUUCUUUGUCUUAUGCUGCAGUAGCUUAUAAAGCUCCUUUUCUGGGAAUUAAGGAUGCUGUGGGAGUAAAUAGAAAGGGAAAUGCAUUGUGGUCACACAGGUGAAUGAUUUAUGGGUUUGUAUGGAAAACACGAGUGAUACAUCUUGCUUCACAUUUUCGUUUGAGUGCUCUGUCAGCCUGUGUUAGAAAGAAGGGGGAAUAAAAGUGUCACUGUAUUGUGCACACA